AUGGCUCCGUUAGUGAGACGCAGGCUUACCCCGGUCAAUUACGCCAGGGAACUGAUAAAUGCUAUACUAGCUAUCAGACAGCAGAAGCAGAUUCCAAAUUUUGAGCGUAUCUCACGCUUCCUGCAGCGCAGCGCAGAGCUGACACCACGCAAAUGUAAAGAACACUUGAACAAUGCUGUCAGUGAUGGGCUGAUUGUUGAGUAUACUGCUGUGGGCGUGAAAGGCCAGCGCACUGGCUUGGAACAAGAGGGGUACCGGGUACCUCAGUCCGGAGAAUUGAUGCUUGAGGAUUAUGGACAUGACUGGUACUGUUUUGAAUGUCAUGGUCCUGGGGAAGUAUGUGAAUGCAGUAGUUGCUUCCGUGUCUACCAUCCAGGCUGCACAAGGGAGGACACCUCUAGCGAGACCUUUACGUGUGGUGUUUGUAAGGAGAAAGAGGCUAGCAGACAAAAGACGAAGAUGAAGAAAAAAAUGUUGAACACCCUUCUGAGCUACACCAUUUUGCGCCUUAAAGAAAAGACAAGAGAACUUCAGAAGAUUGGACCCAAGGCCACUGCUGAUGAUUUUAAACGAUUUGUAUAUAGAAAGAUGGACUUACAUAAGAUGGAGCAGAAGGUGCAAGCUUCACGAUACAGAAGUUUGGAAGAAUUUCACGCUGAUGCCUGUACAAUUCUCCAUAAUUGUACACUUCUCUUUGGAGAGGAGAAGGCAGGUUUGACUGAGCUAGCUGUUGUUAUGGUGAGAGAUUGUCGAUAUGAUUUAGAUGAGAUUGAACUCUGCGCAAACUGUUAUUAUAUGUCAAAUGCCAAGCCUGAAGACUGGUUCUCUCAGCCUUGUAAUCCACCUCAUGAUAUUGUAUAUGCAAAACAAAAAGGCUACAGCUACUGGCCUGCAAAGGUUGUGAAAGAUUUGGGUGGGAAAUUUGAUGUCCGUUUCUUUGGAGGUUGGCACCAAAGAGCUGUGAUACCAGCUGAAUAUAUCAAGCCUAUCACUACUGAUCUCAAGACUAUGAGCAUAAAGAAGACAGGAGGUUUCCAAAAGUCUAUGAAGGAACUUCAGAGAUACCAGGAGAUUUUGGAGGAAAGGCGACAAGACCUAGAGGCGGCUGAUGCUGAAAAGGAGAAUGAAGAGGAAGAGGAGGAGGAGGAUGAAGAUGAAGAAGAGUUUGAUGAAGAUGAUGAUGAUGAAGAGUUUAAGGAAAAGGAGCCAAGUGAUAAUGAUGAACAUGAGGAAGACAGUUUCAAGGAAGGAGAUGUGACAUUUGAUGAAGAUUUGGAUUUAAAGAAAGUAGAAACACCAAAGAAGCCAGUUAUUAAAAGAAAGGAUAGCCUUCAGAGUGGAAGUAAAAGAGCAGUGAAAAAGCCAAGAGUGGAAGCUGACAGUGAAAAUGAAAUCGAAGACGAAGUUGAAAACCGAAAGGUUACAUCAACGAGUGUAGAAAAACAUGCUAAGAAAGGCUUGAAAAUUUCAUCGAAGACUAACAGCCAUGAUGAGUCCUACGCUGUUACGUCAAGUGUUGAUAAAGUUGGAAACAGCCUUAGUGUACCUACAGUCACCACAGCUGUACAGACAGCUGUCCUAGAGACAGAAAACAGCUCAACUCAGACAGAUCUAUUGGAAACAGAGUCUGUCCCAGACCAGUCACCACAAGAUACAGCCCAACAGCAGUUGAACGACAAGAUAUGGGAAGAUAGGAUGGCCACAGCAUUAGCUAACCUUACCAAGAGAUUAGAGGAAAAAUUUGAGGAGGACAAAAACAUAGCCUUGAAAGAGCUGUCCCAGCAGUUAGAAGAAGAUUUUGGCAAGGACAAGCAGCAGGCAGUUGAACGAACUAUUGCCAGCAUGAAGCAGGAGUUUGAAAAAGCCAGGAAAGCUGGAGAAGAUAAAGCCAAAGAGCAGUACAUGGAGGAGAUGAAGAAGCUGGCCGCAAAGCAUAAGGAAACAGUCUCGCAGGUCAAGAAAAAACAAUGGUGUCAAUAUUGUGAAGAGGAGGCUAUGUACCACUGCUGCUGGAAUACAUCAUACUGCAGUGUCAAAUGCCAGCAGGAGCAUUGGCACAAGGAACACAAGCGAGUCUGCAGACGCAAGAGAACAUGA